CUUCCGCUAACUCUUAAACUCCAAAGAAGAAGACGCCGUACGCAUGUACGGAUAGAUGUGUUUUGAGUGUGGAGAAACAGUAAAUGGUUAUCAAAUAAAGUAAAAAGGGAUAAAAUGGAUACACAGAAAGACCUACAGCCGCCCAAGCAGCAACCUAUGAUCUACAUUUGUGGAGAAUGUCACACAGAAAAUGAGAUUAAAGCUCGUGACCCCAUCAGAUGCAGAGAGUGUGGCUACAGAAUCAUGUACAAGAAAAGAACAAAGAGAUUGGUUGUUUUUGAUGCUCGGUGAAAAGGAGGAAAGCUGCAGAUUGUUGUCCUUAGCUGUUUUUUUAGUUUUUUUUGUUUUUUUUUUGUAGCGUUUGACCAUGUAAAUAAACAGACAAUGAAGCGUCA